GUGACGGCGCGCAUUUUUUAUUAUUGGAGAUUUUGGAAUCGCUUUAAAAUUGAUAUAAUCACUGACCUACGAUACUCAUCAUGGAGGUGGUCAAGCGCGGCUUCCUCCGCGCCUGCAAGAACCACAGUUACCUGAGCUUCGAACUGAUCGAUAAUAUUCUGGGCCCGCUGUGCGCCCACCACAAGGUCCCGAAACCCUCCAGCAAGGAGGCCGUGAAGGCACUCGUGAGCGAAAUAAACGACACCAUCAGCGACUUGGGACUGACGCUCGUCUUCAUCAAGUAUCCAGUUAAGAGCGAGGAGUAUCUGGUGUUCGCCAAGACGGAUCCCACGCCCGACAACGUGGCCAACACGGGACUGUCGGCCGAGGAAUGCCAGUACUUCUCCAGGCUGCUGGACAAGAUUGCCUCCGAGGAGGACUGCCACAUCGCCUGGAAUGCGGCCUACAACCUGCAGGGCAACUCGAAGCCGCUGAAGAAGAGCCGCAUGCAGGAACUGCUGCAGAAGUGGACCCAAAUGGGCUACUUCAUGGAGCUGGACGAGAGCAUCUACCUGGGGCCGCGCAGCCUCGUCGAGUUGAGCUUCUACCUGACCACCAAUCACGGGGAGCACAUCAAGAACUGCAUGCUCUGCAAGUGCCUGGUGCUGUGGGACAUCCGCUGCGGAUCGUGCAGCAUCCAGUUCCAUCGGGAGUGCAUCCACACCUACCUGCAGCGCCGCGAUAUCUGCCCGUCCUGCGGCAACAAGUGGACGACGCCUCUAAGACGUUCCACUAGUUCAUCUUCAUAA